GUAAAAUCGUGUAGUAACUUUCCAUGACAAAUGGAACUUAUUUUAUUGAUUAAUUGAUUUGGGAGUUCCGGAGCUUCUUCGUGGGCGCUGCGGCUCUCAACCACAAUUAAAGAAGAGAAGAAGAACGCAGCGGCGGUUAGCUAACGCCAGCUGGUAGCUAGCUAGCUAUGUUUACUUUAAGUUACGCCCGCGGACAACAGAAGUAACUUCACGCGCUCUUUUAUUUAUAUAAUCAUCGUAGGUAUAUUAUCACAUCGUCAAUGGUGUGGACUCGGACGGUUAUAUCUUGAAUUGAAGUUGUGCGUUAUGCUCUCCCGAGGCUAACAACAAAAAAGGGGAAGCCAUGAACUUCCAGGGCAGUCGGCGGCGAGGAGAGGAGGGCAUCGCCGUGGUGAUUGAUUUCCUGCUGGCAAAUGCCCAUCUGGUUCUGGGAGUCGGGGGGGCGGCCGUGCUUGGAAUUGCUACACUGGCAGUGAAACGGCUGAUAGAGCGCGCGGGCCGUGCAGCCGAGGACGAGGAUGAGAAGGUGAAGCAGAAGAUGGCGGAGAGCUGGGAGGAGCUGAGUUCGGUCUCUGCUUCUCCCACACUGCUCAAGAAGGGCUUGGAGGGCGUGAAGCACGUUGCCAAGGCAGCCAGGCAGCAGAAAGCUGAACUUUCUGAACAACCCCAGACGUCCUCUCCGGAGGUGCCGCCCAAACCCGGGUCAAAGUCAAAGAGGGUCCAGCUGUGCGCGCUCACUUUGCAGGAGCGCCUGCAGCAGUACUACCACACGAGGGCGGCCCUGCAUCCCGACGAGGUGCUGAGGGCCCAGGCUCUGGCCGUGGACCUCUGCACCGAGAUCCAGGGCUUCCUGCGCAGCCGAGUUCCCGACAUGCCCCUGGGGGAGAUGCGCCUCGGGGGUUCCCUGCUGGAUGACCUGCAGGUGGUCAGUGCGGACCACGCCUGUCUGCUGGUGCCGCUCCAGCUGGAAGCCUCUCUGUGGCGUCUGAUCCCCGGGGAGGAAACGCUGCUCACGCACCCGCUGCACUGGAUGAUCCGACGGGUCAAUCUGGAAUAUUUUCCCAGAGGGCUCAGCUACUGGGACAGGUACCUGGUGGGGGGUUACCUGUCUGCAGAGGCCGUCGUGAACAUGUUUAGUAAGGCGGUCCUGGAAAGUGUGAACUGGCUGUCCAUCAGCAGCACUCUGGACUGUCUGGUCAGACCUGUGCUGGGAGGACCGGACCUGAGACUGGAGAUCCGGCCUGGAAAUGGCGACGUCGCCGAGAGCGGCGAGCCGCCCGUGUUCGUCUCCAUGCUGCCCCUGCUGACGGAGGAGGACGUGGUUCUGACCGCCCAGCCGGAGCUCACCGCUCCCUGGGUCAACGCCUGGCACCUGUCCCUCUACCCGUGGGAGAAUCGCCGCCUGGCUCGGCUCGACGCCGCCGACGGCGGGCGCCGCCGGCACGCGCUCAAGAUCCUCAAGGCGGUGUGCAGGCUGAACCCCUCCCUGCGGCCUCUCGGCGCCGCCCCGCUGGCCAACCUCAUCCUGCACCUCAGCGACGGCGAGGGCGACUGGUCCGAGACCAGCCUGCACGCCCGAUUCCGCCAGUGCGUCGCCGAGCUGAUCGGCUUCCUGGAACAAGGGGCGCUGCACAGUUACUUCAAGCCAGCUGUCAAUCUGCUGAGCGGCCUGUCGGAGGACCAGGUGGACCGGAUGGGUUUCAUGCUGUACUGCGCCGUGUCGGAGCCUGAAAUACUGCUCAUAUAAUAACUGUGUGCACACGCAGUGUCUUUCACGCUCUGAACAACCCUCCCGCACUGAGGGGAGAAUGGAGUUGGAGUUAGAAAAUGGCGUCGUGCGCCUCGCCUGGAGGAGGAGAGGCGAAACAGAGACGAGAUGUGAGAGCGUUUAGAGGAACGGAGACGAGGACGAGAAGUGCUCCUCAAACGCAGUCAUCAAACCAGCCACCAAAGUCAGCAGUGGGGUAUGAAUGAAUGAAUGAAUGAAUGAAUGAAUGAAGGGAGUCGGCGUGUAGCUCAGAAUACGAACCGGAGAGGACCGUUUAUUGCCUCUAACUGAUGGAGAGUGCUAUGCAAUAUUUUUCUGAAUUUACUUUAAUAUAGUGUAACUAUACAGACAAUUAAUGACUUGCUUAUAACAGGUUUUAAUGCAUUUAUAAAACCAGUCUGUCUAACUUAUUUAAAGCAGAGGGUAUAUUUUGUCAUACUGGGUGUUAAAGCGUGCAGUAUUUGUUUGUUUUGUUUGCUGUCUGUUGACUCUUACCUGGGGUAACUAGCCCAUUAAAUAAUGAAUAAAGUUGCCUAAUGAUUGAAUGCUGUUGGUUUUAAAUACUGUAUGAAUGUUGUGACUAUUUCUUUCUGACAGAAUUUUCUGUAAAUGAACAUACUGCAAAUAAAAUGAGUAUUUGUUUUUA